GUACACAGAAGAUUCUCAUAGUACCGGCGUGUUGAUGUUGAUAAACAAGUUCAGCUGUGUGGGCGUUGUUAAAAAUGAAAUUUCGUACACUGUGUAUGUACUUGAUAUUUACUUUUUACACCCGCUGCAGUGCAAUCUACGGAGAAAGUUCUGAAGGAGAGAAUGGUAGUUUUAGAAACUCGCCCACUGUCAUGGUGGCUGUUCUUGCUAGAAAUAAAGCCCAUACUCUGCCAUACUUUUUAACACUUCUAGAGAAACUAGAUUACCCCAAGUCCCGAAUCUCGUUAUGGUUUCGCAGUGACCACAAUGAAGACAACACGCCGGAAGUAUUGCGGGGCUGGAUAUCCACUGCUCAAAAACAGUAUGACUAUCACUCAAUCAAUUCAGAAAUCUUGUCGUCACCUCCACAUCGUAUGGCAGAUGAAAAUGGACCGGCCCAUUGGACCCCACUUCGGUUCACCCAUGUGAUACAAUUGAGAGAGGAAGCUCUGGAAACAGCCAGAAAUAUGUGGGCGGAUUAUGUCUGGUUUUUGGAUAGUGAUGUGUUUAUUAUUGACCCCAAUUCCUUGAAAGAGCUGAUUCAAAAAGACAAAGUUGUUGUUGCACCUAUGUUGGCAUCUGAUGGAAUGUAUUCUAACUUUUGGUGUGGAAUGACGGAUGAAUAUUAUUACAAGAGGACUGAUGAUUAUCAACCAAUCUACUAUCGGGAGCGAACUGGAUGCUUCCAUGUACCAAUGAUACACUCGUCAGUUUUAGUAGAUCUACGGAAAGCACUUUCCAACAAACUUACUUUUUUACCUGAGAAAAUUACUAGUUAUUCUGGACCACAUGAUGACAUAAUUACGUUUGCUGUUGGAGCAAAUAAAUCUGAUAUUCCUCUUUUUGUUUGUAAUGAUAUAAACUAUGGUUUUGUUAUGAUUCCUCUUGAACAAAAUGACCAACUGCAUGCUGAUUAUGAGCAGCUCACAAACCUUAAAGUUGAAGUUCUUGCUGAAUUUGAUCCAUUGCCAUUAAGUGAGGCUAUGGCUAAAUAUGUCAUCUACCCAGAAGCAGACACUCUUGGAUUUGAUGAGAUAUAUGUCAUAAAUCUGGAGAGAAGACCAGAAAGACGAUCUCGGAUGGAGACAUCUCUUCGAGAAUUGGGGAUUGCAGCCAAAUUCAUUCCUGCUGUGGAUGGAAGGAAGCUGGACGACGCCGUGCUGCUGGAGAUGGGCAUCACGCAGAUGACGGAGUACGCGGACCCGUACAAGAAAAGGCCGAUGACCAUGGGCGAGAUCGGCUGCUUCAUGAGCCACUUCAACAUCUGGACCGAGGUGGCGCAGAACCGCAUGGCCGCCGUCCUGGUGCUGGAGGACGACAUCCGCUUCGAGCCCUUCUUCCGCAAGAAGCUGUACGGCGUCAUGGACGAGCUGCGGGACAUGCGGCUGCAGUGGGACCUGGUGUACUUGGGCCGCAAGCGCCUGGAGAAGGAGGAGCCGUGGGUGCCGGACGCCAAGCACCUGGUGCGGCCCGGCUACUCGUACUGGACGCUGGGCUACAUGCUGUCCUUCCCCGGCGCGCGCAAGCUGCUGGACGCGCGGCCUCUGGACAACCUGGUGCCCGUCGACGAGUACCUGCCCAUCCUCUUCGACCGCCACCCCGAAGAGUCGUGGAAGGAGCGCUUCCCCAAGCGCGACCUGGUGGCCUACUCGGCCGCGCCGCUGCUGCUGUUCCCCACGCACUACACUGGCGACAAGGGCUACGUCAGCGACACGGAGAACUCGGAGGUGAUCCCGGAACCGCUGCGGGGGUCGCGCCCGCCCGUCGCCGACCAGCACAGCCGCCAGCACCGCCAGGGCCGCGUCGAGCUGUAGGCCCCGCCACCCCACCGCCACCCCACCGCCACCACGGCCUGCGAGGCCAGCCGGUGGAGGAGUGAGGGUUGGCGUCAGGGUACACUGUGCCAACGGACACUGAGGUUUCCCCACCUUUUGUGUUUUAAAAACCAAGUCUGUUCAAAUUUUACCUGAUGGGCUUUCCUGAUAUUUUAUUGAUUUUUUUUUACGCCAUGGUAUUUUUAUCCUAUUUUAUUUUUAUCCCUAUUAUUUAAGUUUUGUAUCUUUUAUUACUCAUAACAAUCCAUCUGUGUAAGUUCAUAUGUCUAUGAAAUGACGUUCGUGAGCAAAUGCCCUGUUGUCUCAGCACGUGCUUGGGCUAAUUUAAUUACUGACCCGUACUAUAUGUGCCAUUUUGACGAAUUUAAAAUGUAAUGUACGGUUUAAGAAAAUUUUAAGAUGGUUUGUGGCUGGUGGAGUUUCAGGUUGUAAGAUGAAGUGCCAAAGAUGAUCACAAUGUGCCAUGUUUUGAACUCUCAUAGUGCCUUUUCUUUGCCAAAAGUGUAUGCCAAAUAUUUUGUCUUAUUUCUUUGUGCAUUCAUGAUAUAUUGAAUGUAUGGACGAAAUAUGCACAAAUAACUGAAUGCGUUCUUAUUGUAUUAGGGUUGUACUUAAGCAAUCAUCUUUUGAUGGAGUAUGUUAUUGGUAUGAUUGUCAUUCCAGUACUUACAAUCAUGUUUUGUACAUUGUGGAAACUGAUGCGGUUCAAAUAAGACCACUUUUUUAAUUGUGAUUUUGUUCAGUAACAUUUUUGUUACACAAAUGUAUACUAACACAGAGCUCUCUUUUUAAAAUCUUUUUUACAACGGUAUACAAUGUAUUUCAAAUGUAUUUUCACAUCCUAAUAAAAUGUUGAAAAUGGAAAUGCCAUAA